AUGAAAUACGCUAAAAUUUCAGAUGACACACGAAGAGCUUUCAUCGAAAAAGUACAAUAAGGAGCUUGUACAAUAAAGCAAGCAGCCAAAUAAUUUGGGAUCAAAUUCUCAACUGGGAAAGCGAUCCUCUCUCUUUAUAAACAUGAAGGUCGUGUGGGGAAAAAACAAAAGAGGACUAGAAGAUUUAAAAAAGAAAUAGAAGAAUAACAAUAAUAAACUUUUAAAUAUUUAAAGGAAAUACCAUCUGUGGAAGCUAAAUAAGUUUAGGAGGUUUAGAACUGCCAAAAUAAUGAAUCAUAUAUAAAUUCUUAUUUUCCUUAGUAUUAGAACUAUCAACAAUGGUAUUAAACAUAAAUAUGGUUAUAAUACAUGAAUGGUCAUACUUUAAUGAACUAUUAUAAUUACGGAAAUAUUUUUUGA